AUGGAUGAAUUAAAAGAAAUUUUAAUUGAGUUGGAAGGCGAACCAUUUUUGAACGUGUUUAUUGAAAGCGGUCUAACUAAGGAAUCAUUGAAGCUCCUAAAGCCAAGCCAUGUGGAUACAUUGAUCGACACAUCGCAGUUUGGGUUUGGACCAAGAGGAAUAAAAACACAAGCCAUUCACACUGAGGCAUGCGCUUUAUUGGCAAAUGAAUAUCGUGGCGAGGAAUCUUUUGAAGCAAUACUCAGUAAGUUGGCGGGUGGAUCACAAAUCCUGAAAUACUAUGCGCAAAAAAAGUGUCUCACUCCAAAGUAUAGGAAACUUCUAGCUGCAACAGUUGCAAAUUAUUUUAUUUCUGCUGAAGUACAUCCAAACCCUAAAACAUUUGAAGCUUUCGCCAAUAAAAUUGUGGAUUUAUUUACGAGUGAAUCUAAAGAUAUAUAUUACAUUCAUAAGAAAGGAAAAAAGCCAGGUGGAUCUCUGUAUGCUAAGUACCACAGUGUAUUAUUGAAACUUAGACGGGAUGGUCUUAUUUCCAAAAGAGAUGUAGAACCAACAACAAAAGGAACGGAGAUUAAUUCUUGCGUAACAGAUUGCAUUCAAGAAAAAUCAUGGUUAAAGUAUAACGUUGAACCAUUCGAUGAAGUUCAACUAAAAUGGGAAGCGACUUUUGCUGUGCGACGACAAAUGCUACAAAAAGAUGCCAAUUUAAAUACAAUUUUAGAAGAAUGGCCUCAGUAUAAGCAUAGUUUUGGACAUUUAAUGAUAGAACUGGAUACUAAGAAGUUGUACCCCGAAAAGCAAAAUUUGUUAUUUGAUAAAUGGGAGAGCUUCUGCCAAGCGAUUCCACCUUUACUAGAAAUUUACAUUAAAGAUUCAAACAGCUUAACUACUUGGAGGCAGUUUAAAGAAGGAAGCAUCAAUGCUGAUGCAAAAGACUUCGUCAUUUUUUAUCUUCUACACUCUGUCUUAAUUCCAACUGGCCGAACAUAUAGAACAUGCAAACAGACAAAAAAAAAACACUUCAUCAAGUACACUAUUGCAGAUUCAAGAAAUAGUUUCUUACUGUGGGCACCGACAAGUAGUGAACUUCAGUCAAAAUUGAAAUUAAUGGUAGAUGCAAAUUAUAUGGAUAAAAGUACGAUUCAGCCAAUUAUAUGUUCCAUUGGAUUGGAUUAUUUUUAUUGCAAGGAAUAUUAUGUGUAUUUCGCCGAUAUAUUUUAUAAGUUCGAUAACCUAAUCAAGUGUAUUGAUGUGUAUUUUAAAACAUUCCAUGUACUUAACCUUGAGUAUCCGCCCGAAUGUAGGUCCAUUUGGCUUUUUGUCCAGCAGUAUUUCUAUAACAUUUCCUUGAAAUCUCGCGAGAAAAAUGGGUCUAUUUUUGCAAUUUUAAAUGAUUUGAAAAAACAAAAUAAGACUUAAAAUAAGAAAUAAUUGGAAUGGAUGUACACGUGCAAUGUUCUCAAUGCUUACAAAUAUUCGAGCAUUGCGAGAGUUUGUUAAAGCAUAUCAAAAUUAUUCAUUGCUUAUCAGAAAAUGAAAUUUACAAAUGGGGAUUUCAAACUUGUAACCAAUCAUUUACGAAUAUUAAAAAUCUUUGUAAACACAUGCGAAAUGAAAAAAAAGGUACGAAAGCAAUAACAUAGAAAGCUGUGAACAAUAUCAAGAAAAUGUUUCCUGUGCUACUUCAUUGAUACCUCAUAAUAUUCUAGCACAUGUUAAUUAUAAGAAUGUUAAUGUAUGUAAGAACCCAACGAAUUUUAAUGUAAG